CAUCCCGUGGCAUAUAUAGCACUCUCCCUGAAAUAGUUGGUGCUGGAAUUAAAAGCUGUAUUUGGAAACCAGAAAUGGCAGACAUCGAAGCUGCUGCUGCUGCUGCUGAUAAAGAACAAGAUCACCGGCAUCACAGCUUUAUUGUUACAGAACCCCUGGAGGAGCAGGAAAAGAAGCAGCCGCCUCACAAGUCCAAACGUGUCGCGUCCCUUGACAUUUUCAGAGGCCUCACCGUCGCUUUGAUGAUUUUGGUUGAUGAUGCGGGAGGAGAAUGGCCUAUGAUUGGGCAUGCGCCAUGGAACGGUUGCCAUCUUGCCGACUUUGUGAUGCCAUUCUUCCUAUUCAUCGUAGGGAUGUCCAUUGUACUUGCUUUCAAGAAAAUACCAAACCAUAUGAUAGCCACAAAAAAGGUGAUCCUUCGAACUCUCAAACUCCUAUUUUGGGGCCUCUUGUUACAAGGUGGUUUCUCACACGCUCCUGAUGACUUAACUUAUGGUGUGGACAUGAAAAAGAUCAGGUGGUGUGGCAUUCUGCAGAGAAUUGCUCUGUCAUAUUUUGUCUUGGCGUUAAUAGAAAUCUCAACAAAAACUGCACAAGCCAAGGGUCUAUUACCUGGCAGGUUCUCUAUAUUCAAGUUAUACUGUUGGCACUGGCUGGUGGGAGCCUGUGUCCUUAUUGUCUAUUUGGCUCUAAUCUACGGAGUUUAUGUUCCAGAUUGGCAUUUCACCGUCAACAAUAUAGAUAGUGCUGAUUAUGGAAAGAUUUUGACUGUAAAUUGUGCUGUAAGAGGAAAACUGGAUCCUCCUUGUAACACAGUGGGUUAUAUUGACAGGGAAGUGCUCGGAAUCAAUCACAUGUAUGCAUAUCCAGAAUGGACGAGAUCUAAGGCUUGCACUAAGAAUUCCCCUUAUGAAGGGCCUUUUCGAAAUGAUGCUCCAUCGUGGUGCUUGGCACCUUUUGAACCAGAAGGAAUUCUAAGCUCAAUAUCAGCUAUCCUCUCUACCAUAAUCGGAGUGCAUUAUGGACAUGUGCUUAUCCACAUGCAGAGUCAUGCAUCUAGACUGAGGCAUUGGGUUGUCAUGGGUCUUGCUCUCCUUGUGUUAGGCAUAACCCUUCAUUUCACAGAUGCUAUUCCUUUGAAUAAGCAGCUAUACAGCUUCAGCUAUGUCUGUGUAACAUCAGGAGCGGCAGCAUUGGUGUUCUCAGCCUUCUAUGUUCUGCAUGCUUUGUGGAACAUGGAGGAGCGGAGGCUGACGGCACUUGAGAGCAGUGGCGGAGCUAGGAUUUAGAUUCCUGUGGGGCCAAAUAAAAACAUGCAAUGCUCAUCAAAUCAACAAAUCAAUAGUCUGAACUCUGAAACGCAAAAAUAUAAUUCCCAAUUCUUCGAUUUGGAUGACCAUUCAACAUUUAAUUGAGUACAGUUAAAAUCUGGCUAUGAAAAGCACCUAAGCACGGAGCACUAAUAAAUGUCUAAACCUAAUAACCAACACACAAAUUUAUUAACUAACAGAGAGGCGGAAACAUCAUGUGUGUUUGUUUUGUUUGAGAAGGAAAAUUUGGAGAGGCUGCAUGAGGGAAAAUACAUAGAGAACACAAUGUGGGUUUGUUUAGUUUGCAAAAGGAAAAUUUAAAAGUAGCAACUUGUAAGUCGCAGCCUUUAUAAACCCCAAGCAAAUGCUGUGAGGCUUUGACACCAAGUCCACUUCCCAGUGAAGACUAAAUUUUAAAUUCUAAUGCCCCACCCAGCCCCUGAACACCUCCGUCCUUGCUUGAGAGGACGUGUUUGAGAGUGUAAAUGAUGUAGUUAACCAUGUUUUUGAUAGCUUAAGCUUUUAGAUGAUUUGUGAUUACUAAUUUAGCACGAAGGUGUAUACUUCCCCCAUAAUCAGACAAUCUGACCUGAUUUGACCCUCCCCUA